ACUACGCUUUCUCAGCUCCUCUGAUUCCGAAGACAUGCGGAACAUGGUUCGCCGGCUGAUUUCCGCUGGUGCAAGCCCGGAGGCCUGGGGCUGUAGCUCUUCCGAACUCUCCUAUAGAGGCGCCGGACUGGACGGCCGGCACGGGCACACGGAUGGAACUCCUCUUGUCUGGUCUAUGCAGGCAAAUUGUCGGCAGGCCGUGGAAAUUAUCCUUGACUUGGGCGUCAAGGUCUUCCCGCAGUCCGAGCCGGCAAGUCGAAGGGGUCGGUACUACUCGCCGGUUUGCUGGGCUGCGCGCAUGCACCAAACCUCCACCCCGGCGGACUACUCAGAUGCCUUCCCCAACGCGUGGAUGCGGGGUCAUGAGAGGGCUGCUAAUUCCAUAUUCGAGCGCGCUGGCCGCUACGGUGUCGACAAGGUCACCUACUAUCCGCAUAUUGACACGUACCUGGUCCAGGGUGAGAAGUUCCACAAGACAGCUCAUGGACAUGAUGCAACGUAG